GACCAGCGGGAAGAUGGUGAUUACACCUGUCACCAGGCCAGGAUUCUCUGGAGCGGUAGGGCACUGGGACUGUGGCUUGAGCUGAAUAGCCGAGAAGGGUUCGCAAUGAAUCUUCCGCGUCGGAGUGGCAAACGGCGGCGUUCAGCGUCAAGCUCUGACUCGUUGUUGGGAAGCGGUGGUGACAGCAGUGACAGUCCCCUGUUCCUCUCUGGGUCCGUGCUGAGCCCGCCCCCAGGCCUGGGACGCUGCCUGAAGGACCGAGGCGGCCAGUCGGCCGCAGCUGCAGGGGAAUGCAAGCAGACAGUUCCUGACGACCAAAUAGACAAGCUGCUAUUGGCAAAUUGGGGACUUCCUAAAGCAGUUCUGGACAAAUAUCACAGUUUUGGUGUAAAAAAGAUGUUUGAAUGGCAGGCAGAUUGUCUCUUGCUUGGACAAGUCCUGGAAGGAAAGAAUUUAGUUUAUUCAGCUCCUACCAGUGCUGGGAAGACCCUUGUUGCGGAAUUACUUACUUUGAAGCGGGUUUUGGAAAUGCGGAAGAAAGUUUUGUUUAUUCUUCCCUUUGUUUCUGUGGCUAAAGAGAAGAAAUACUAUCUCCAGAGUCUGUUUCAGGAAGUAGGAAUAAAAGUAGGCGGCUAUAUGGGAAGUACCUCUCCAACAGGGCAUUUCUCUUCCUUGGAUAUUGCAGUCUGCACAAUUGAGAGAGCCAAUGGUCUGAUCAAUCGCCUCAUAGAGGAAAAUAAGAUGGAUCUGUUAGGAAUGGUGGUUGUGGAUGAAUUACAUAUGUUGGGAGACUCUCACCGAGGAUAUCUGCUGGAACUUUUGCUGACCAAGAUUUGCUAUGUUACUAAGAAAUCAGCGUCUUGCCAGGCAGAUUUAGCCAGUCCUCUGUCUAAUGCUGUGCAGAUUGUUGGCAUGAGUGCUACCCUUCCUAAUUUGGAUCUUGUGGCGUCUUGGUUGAAUGCUGAACUCUACCAUACCAACUUUCGUCCCGUACCGCUUUUGGAGUCAGUAAAAAUUGGAAAUUCCAUAUAUGACUCUUCAAUGAAGCUUGUGAGGGAAUUUCAACCCAUUCUACAAGUGAAGGGAGAUGAGGACCAUGUUGUUAGUUUAUGUUAUGAGACCAUUCGUGAUAACCAUUCAGUAUUACUUUUUUGUCCAUCAAAGAAAUGGUGUGAGAAACUGGCAGAUACCAUUGCCCGAGAGUUUUAUAAUCUACACCAUCAAGCUGAGGGUGAAGGAUUGGUAAAACCAUCCGAAUUCCCACCAGUAGUGCUGGAACAGAAAGACCUUUUGGAAGUGAUGGAUCAGUUAAGACGUUUGCCUUCAGGACUAGACUCUGUAUUACAGAAGACUGUACCAUGGGGAGUAGCAUUUCACCAUGCAGGCCUUACUUUUGAAGAGAGGGAUAUCAUUGAAGGAGCCUUCCGUCAAGGUCUCAUUCGGGCCUUGGCAGCAACUUCUACUCUUUCUUCUGGGGUGAACUUACCUGCACGUCGUGUGAUUAUUCGAACCCCAAUUUUUGGUGGCCAACCUCUCGAUAUUCUUACUUAUAAGCAGAUGGUUGGUCGUGCUGGCAGGAAAGGAGUAGACACAGUAGGUAAUAUCUUAGUUUGUAAAAAUUCUGAGAAAUCAAAAGGCAUAGCUCUACUUCAGGGAUCUCUAAAACCUGUUCGCAGCUGUCUGCAAAGACGAGAAGGAGAAGAAGUAACUGCUAGCAUGAUACGAGCUAUUCUGGAGAUAAUAGUUGGUGGAGUGGCAAGUACAUCGGAAGAUAUGCAGACUUAUGCUUCUUGCACAUUUUUGGCUGCAAGUAUGAAAGAAGGGAAGAAAGGUAUUCAUAGAAAUCAAGAUUCUCUUCAACUUGGAGCAAUUGAAGCCUGUGUGAUGUGGCUAUUAGAAAAUGAAUUUAUCCAGAUUACAGAAACCAGUGAUGGCACAGAAGGAAAGGUGUAUCAUCCAACACAUCUUGGCUCUGCUACUCUUUCAUCUUCACUUUCUCCAGCUGAUACUUUAGAUAUUUUUGCUGACCUCCAAAGAGCAAUGAAGGGCUUUGUUUUAGAGAGUGACCUUCAUAUUGUCUAUCUGGUUACACCUAUGUUUGAGGAUUGGACUACUAUUGAUUGGUAUAGAUUUUUCUGUUUAUGGGAGAAGUUGCCAACUUCCAUGAAAAGGGUGGCAGAGCUAGUGGGAGUUGAAGAAGGGUUCUUGGCUCGCUGUGUGAAAGGAAAAGUAGUUGCCAGAACUGAGAGACAGCACCGACAAAUGGCCAUCCAUAAAAGGUUUUUCACCAGUCUUGUGCUAUUAGAUUUAAUCAGUGAAGUUCCCUUAAAGGAAAUUAAUCAGAAAUAUGGAUGCAAUCGUGGACAGAUUCAAUCUUUGCAACAGUCAGCUGCUGUUUAUGCAGGGAUGAUUACAGUAUUUUCCAACCGCCUGGGCUGGCACAACAUGGAACUGCUACUUUCCCAAUUUCAAAAGCGUCUUACAUUCGGCAUCCAGAGGGAGCUGUGCGACCUGGUCCGGGUAUCCUUACUUAAUGCACAGCGAGCCAGGGCUCUCUAUGCUUCUGGCUUUCUUACUGUGGCAGAUCUUGCUAGAGCAAAUAUUGCUGAGGUGGAGGUGGUUCUCAAAAACGCUGUACCUUUCAAAAGUGCCCGAAAGGCAGUAGAUGAGGAAGAGGAAGCUGUUGAAGAACGUCGGAAUAUGCGAACUAUUUGGGUGACUGGCAAAAAAAGUUUAACUGAAAGGGAAGCAGCAGCCCUUGUAGUGGAAGAAGCCAAAAUGAUUCUGCAGCAGGACUUAGUUGAAAUGGGAGUGCAGUGGAAUCCAUAUUCCCUUUUAAAUUCUGGUACACAUUCAUCAGCCAGGAGUGAGUCAGAAGUGAAGAAACAUACUUUUAUAUCCCAAACUAAGAGAUUUUGUAAAAGAUUAACAGGAAAGAGCAAAAGUAACAUGAUAGUUAGUGAUUCUUAUGUUAAGCAUUCACCAAAUAUAGUACAAGAUUUAGAUAAAAGUAGAGAGCAUACAAGUUCUUUUUGUUGUACGUUCCAGGACAGCAAUCAAGAACAUCAGAGACAUUCCAUCUUCAGAACAAGAAAACGGGCUUCCUUGGACAUAAAUAAAGAAAAGACAGGAACCUCUCUGAAUGGUGGAAAAACAAGCACUAAGAAAGUUGUUCAGACUUUCUCAUUUGAGAAAACAAAGAUGGCAGCUUUGAAUUUCAGCUCAGAAAAGAUGAGCACAUCUUUUCUAUCUUGGAAACAUAGUAAGCAUUCAAAGCAAACUAGGGACAGUAGCCCUCUGAAAGACUCUGGAAUGUACAGAAUUGACUUACAAGGACAGAGUAGUCCUAUUCUUUGUGAAGACCCAUUUACCUUAGAUGGGGAGAAUAUGGAAUUUAGAAAUCCAGGGCCAUUUGUUAAAAAUGUAUCUUUUUGUGCUGAGGAAAAAUGUAACAAAACAUCAUUCCCAUUGCAAAUAAAACGAAGUUGUUCAAGGAACAGAACAUUAACUAAUGAUACUCUUAUGGAACAUUGUAUCACAGGAUCCCAGAGUAAAAACAUGGAUUGUCAAGCCAGUGGGGUGGUUAGUGAAAAUGGAAGAGGAUUAGCUGUUGUUGAGACAGAAAAAAUAAAUGAAGUGCUGCUACACAAUGAUUCAGAAAACCAGAAUGUUCAUGUGAAACACCAUGACACUUAUGCAGUUAACCACUGCCCAGAAAAGCAAUCUAAUAAACAGACAAACACUUAUACCAAACAGAAAAACAUAGUAGAGAGACAAAUGCCCUGUGAGGCAGUCAGUAGUUAUAUGAAUAGAGACUCAAAUGUUACGACUAUUAAAUGUGAAAGUAUAAAGUUUAAUACUGAGGAAAAUAAACUAAAUCAUUUUCAGGCAUUAGGAGAUAAUGUAAACAAAACUGAGAUACCCAGUGGAAUACUUCUCUCAACUGGAACAUUUGGUAAAUUAGGAGGCCAGCGUGAGAAUUUUCUAAGUACCUCUAGAAUACAAGAAAAAACAGAUACUUAUGCAACAAACAAAACUAAUCAUGUUUCUGACUUAGGUUUAGUCCUCUGUGAUUUUGAAGAUAGCUUCUACUUGGAUACUCAGUCAGAGAAAAUAAUACAACAGAUGUCAACUGAAAAUGCCAAACAAGGAGCAAAAGACAUCAACCUAACAGCAGGGAUAAUGCAGAAGAGCUUAGACAAACAAAACUCGAUUAGCUCUUUUCAGAAUGAGUUUCAUAUUACUUUUCCUGGUGAACAGCAUUCUCCAGGAAGGACUGAUAUAGAUCAUUUGAGCUUUAAGACUAUAGGUACUAUGAAACAAAGCACUGCUUCUCAUGGGGUUGAUAUCCUGACUCCAGAAAACCCAAUUUUUCAUUCUCCAAUACUAUUGGAGGAAAAUGCUCUUUGUUUUAAAGGGAAUGAACUUUCUGUUACUGACUCCCAAUUAAAUAGUUUUCUUCAAGAUUAUCAAACACAAGAAACUGUGAAACCAGUCAUACCUCUGGUUCCACAAAAGAGAACUCCCACUGGUAUAGAAGGAGAAUGUCUGCCAGUUCCUGAAACAAGUUUGAAUAUGAGUGAUAGUUUACUAUUUGACAGUUUUAGUGAAGACUACCUAGUAAAAGAACAACCACCUGAUGUGCAAGCAAAAGAACCCCUUCCUUCUGAAAUAACAUCAAACCAUUUCAGUGAUUCUCUGUGUUUACAACAAGAAGGCCCAAUUAAAAAAUCAAAUAUGAAUAAGAAUGAAGAUAUCCAGCAGCAAUUGACUUGUUUCAGUGAUGAAUCUAUUAUGUUUUCAGAAAUGGAUUCUGUUCAGAUGGUUGAAGCUUUGGACAAUGUAGGUAUAUCUUCUAUCCAAGAGAAACAUGAUACUGUAGUAUCUCUUAAAGCGUUAGAACUAAGUGAUCUGGUAAUUGUAGGUAAUGAUCACUCCCAAGAAGAGGUAAUUGGAGGAGCUCAAGAUGAAAGGGCUCAAAAGUCCAAAUUAACUGGGACAGGGCAAAAUCAUUCAUUCAUCUGGUCAGGGGCCUCAUUUGAUCUAAGUCCAGGACUACAAAGGAUUUUAGAUAAAGUGUCCAGUCCUCCAGGAAGUGAAAAGCUAAAAUUAACGACUGUAAACUUGUCUGGUUUGAAAAGAAAAAAUACAGAGUUAAAUGAGAAACAGGAGGAGAUUUCAAAUUUGGAGACAAAUCAAGUGCAGGGAUUUUCAUUUUCCCCUAAUUAUGAAGUAAAAAACAAGAUUGAGGCACUAGAGAACAAUGCCAAUCAUGGUGAAACCUCAUCCCUCUUGCCUUGUAAAGAAAACUGUAUAGUUGAUGAUAAUGGUCUCAUUCCUCCCACACCCGUUCCAACAUCUGCUUCUAAGCUGGCAUGUCCAGGGAUUCUUGGACCACCUGUGAAACUUUGGAAAACUAGUAGUGUUUUACAACCUGGUGAAAGUUAUUCAUUUGGCUUACCUUCAGAUAUUAAAGACCACAAUUUAAAUCCAGAGAGUAAAAGUGAUUUCAAAGAUGAUAACCCUAUUAGAGAUGCAAGUUUUUCACUGCAGUCAUCACAGGAUGAAUUGCAGUUAACUCCAGCCUCAUGCAGUUCAGAAAGUUUGGUCAUAAUUGAUGUAGCAAGUGACCAAACUCUUUUUCAAACAUUCAUUAAGGAGUGGCAGUGCAAAAAGCGAUUUUCCAUCUCACUGGCUUGUGAAAAAAUUAGAAGUUUGUCAUCUUCUAAAACUGCUACUAUUGGUGGUAGAUUUAAGCAAGCUAGCUCACCUCAGGAAACUCCUAUUAGAGAUGACGGAUUUCCCAUUAAAGGCUGUGAUGACAUCUUGGUGGUUGGACUGGCAAUAUGCUGGGGUGGAAGGGAUGCCUAUUAUUUUUCAUUGCAAAAAGAACAAAAGCAUUCUGAAAUUAGUGCCAGUUUGAUUCCACCUUCUCUGGAUCCAAGCCUGACUGUGAAAGACAGGAUGUGGUACCUUCAAUCCUGCUUGCAAAAGGACUCUGAUAAGGAACAUUCUGUUGUCAUCUAUGACUUCAUCCAGACCUAUAAAAUUCUUCUUCUGUCCUGUGGCAUCUCCCUCAAGCAAGGCUAUGAAGAUCCUAAGGUGGCAUGCUGGUUACUAGAUCCAGAUUCUAAGGAGCCAACUCUUCAUAGCAUAGUUACCAGUUUUAUUCCUCAUGAGCUUCCACUCCUAGAAGGGAUGGAGACUGGCCAAGGAAUUCAAAGCCUGGGGCUGAAUGUCAGCGCUGAGCAUUCUGGGCGAUAUAGAGCAUCUGUAGAGUCCAUUCUCGUCUUCAACUCUAUGAAUCAACUCAACUUACUGUUGCAGAAGGAAAACCUUCAAGAUAUUUUCCAUAAAGUGGAAAUGCCCUCUCAGUACUGCUUGGCCUUGCUAGAACUAAAUGGAAUCGGCUUUAGUACUGCAGAAUGUGAAAGUCAGAAACACAUAAUGCAAGCCAAGCUGGAUGCAAUUGAGACCCAGGCCUAUCAACUAGCCGGCCACAGUUUUUCUUUCACGAGUUCAGAAGACAUUGCUCAGGUUUUAUUUUUGGAAUUGAAGUUGCCACCAAAUGGAGAGAUGAAAAAUCCAGGCGGCAAGAAAACUUUGGGUUCUACCAGAAGAGGGAAAGACAACGGACACAAGCUAAGGCUGGGAAGACAGUUCAGCACUAGUAAGGAUGUUUUAAAUAAAUUAAAGGCAUUACAUCCUUUACCAGGCUUGAUACUAGAAUGGAGAAGAAUCACUAAUGCAAUUACCAAAGUGGUCUUUCCCCUGCAGCGGGAAAAGCGUUUGAAUCCUUUUCUUGGAAUGGAAAGAAUCUAUCCUGUAUCACAAUCACACACUGCUACAGGACGAAUAACCUUUACAGAACCAAAUAUUCAGAAUGUGCCAAGAGAUUUUGAGAUCAAAAUGCCAAUGCUGGUAGGGGAAAGCCCACCUUCCCAAGCCAUAGGCAAAGGCCUGCUUCCCGUGGCCAGAGGACAAAAUAAGAAGGGUUGUAGCCUGAACCCUGGGUGCCGGGCACAGAUGGAAGAGAGAGCUGCAGAUAGAGGAAUGCCAUUUUCGGUUAGCAUGCGACAUGCCUUUGUGCCUUUCCCAGGUGGUUUAAUAUUGGCUGCUGAUUACUCUCAGCUUGAACUGAGGAUCUUGGCUCAUUUAUCCUGUGAUUGUCGUCUCAUUCAAGUAUUAAACACUGGAGCUGAUGUUUUUAGGAGUAUAGCAGCAGAAUGGAAGAUGAUUGAACCAGAUUCUGUUGGGGAUGAUCUGAGGCGACAAGCAAAGCAGAUUUGCUAUGGAAUCAUUUAUGGAAUGGGAGCUAAGGCUUUGGGAGAGCAGAUGGGCAUUAACGAAAAUGAUGCUGCUUGCUAUAUUGACUCCUUCAAAUCCCGAUACACAGGGAUUAAUCAUUUCAUGAGAGAGACAGUGAAGAAUUGUAAAAGAGAUGGGUUUGUUCAGACCAUUUUGGGAAGGCGUAGAUAUUUGCCGGGAAUCAAAGACAACAACCCUUAUCACAAAGCUCAUGCCGAGCGUCAGGCUAUCAAUACAACAGUCCAGGGAUCGGCGGCUGAUAUUGUCAAAAUAGCCACAGUUAACAUUCAGAAGCAAUUAGAGGCCCUCCACUCAACCUUCAAGUCCCACGGUCAUCGAGAGGGCAUGCUCCAAAGUGACAGAACAGGAUUGUUACCAAAGAGAAAACUGCAAGGGAUGUUCUGCCCAAUCAGAGGCGGUUUCUUCAUCCUUCAACUCCACGAUGAACUCUUAUAUGAAGUGGCAGAAGAGGAUGUUGUUCAGGUAGCUCAAAUUGUCAAGAAUGAGAUGGAAAAUGCUAUAAAACUUUCUGUGAAACUGAAAGUGAAAGUGAAAAUAGGUACCAGCUGGGGGGAGCUGAAGGACUUUGAUGUAUAACUGUGCCUUAUGAAGUCCUCCCAGGGAGGCCUGGUGUAGAUAAAAUCACCUGGAAAGAAUGGAGAUUCCCUUUCACCUACUUCAGGAAAACAAACUCUCAAGUUUUGAUAGACUUAGGAUAGUAAUUUUGUAGUGAGAGUUUCAAAAUGUACAUCAGAGUCUGUUCUCUGUAGUGUCAAAAAACUUUUUUGGUGGAUGGGGGAAGUGAAAUACCAAGUUUGAUGAUUAUAAUCACUCUCAGAGAGUAGCUUUUAUAAUUUACUGUGGCUUUAAACAUGUUCAGAACAGAUGCUUGAAAUAUGCACUUAGCACUUUGGGCCCUUACCUGUCUAGGAUGAGCAUGAAGAGAACCGAGCUGUUGCCCCAGGGGCUUUUGCAGGCCUGUCCAGGAUCCAGACACCCAGGACACAGACUCCAGCAGGAGC